AUGGCAAAUAGGAAACUUAUGGCCGAGGUCGACAGGACCGUUAAAAAAGUAAAUGAAGGGAUAGAAAAUUUUGAUGAAUUGGAAGAGAAAGUGUACAGUGCCCAAAGCAGCUCGCAAAGAGAUAAAUUCGAAGGUGAAUUGAAAAAGGAAAUUAAAAAACUGCAACGAUUGAGAGAACAAAUACGUACGUGGAUAUCCGGAAAUGAAAUUAAAGAUAAAGAAUUGUUGGUGGAGAAGAGACAACAAAUCGAAAAUCGUAUGGAAAGGUUUAAGAAAUGCGAGCAAAAGACCAAAAUGAAGGCCUACUCGAAAGAAGCUUUGAGUAAAAGCCAAGUUGAGAAACGACAUAGGAACAAGCAAAAUAUAAUACCCGACUCUAAAGAAAAGAAGCAAGCAAAGAAAUGGUUAAAAGAUGUGACGGAGCAACUUGCAAAUUUAGUGUUAACGAUAGAUGAGAAAAUUGAAGAGGAAGAAGAGAAGGAAAAGAAGAAAGAUGAUGGCAUGAUAGAAACCUACCGAGCACGACAACGAAAACAUGAGGAUUAUAUCGAGAAGCUGAAUCAAAUUUAUGAGUUUUUAGAUAAUGAUGAAGGAAUAUUACCGCAAGAUUUAGAUGAUUUGAAAGAAUAUGUAGAGUAUUAUAUUGAUGAAAACGAAGAGGCUGAGUUUGUGGAGGAUGAAGAAACGUUCGAAGCUAUAUUUAGCAAGCAGAAAGAAUGGGAAGAAUCGGCCCCAAAGGAAGAGUUGGUCGAUGUUGAUGAAGUCAAGGAUAGUAUUAAAAAUCUGGAUGAUGAAAGUGAAGAAGAAGAAGAUUACGAAGAAAAUGAAGAAGAUCAUGAUGAGGAUUUAACGGAAGAUGAAGAUGAAGAGUUGAGUUCUCCCGUAUCGACAUCAUCAUCUCGGGAUGAAGAAAAGCCUUCAAAAUCUGCUACGAGUGCUAAACCCAAAACAACAACGGCAGUUCCAACCACUACAACCACUGCAAAACAACCACAACCCACCAUACAAACGCCUGCCACCCAAACAACAACAACCUCAACUUCUUCUGCAAACAAGAAACCAACCAAACCAUCACCUCCUGCUAUUAACACCACUUCUACUAGUACAACAACCACAGUCCCAACAACAGGAGGGCAAACAACACCUGCCAGUGCUACUCCGACUUCUGUUAAGCCAUCAUACAGUGAUUUGGUCAAAUCUCCCAAAACUCCUCUUCAACCUCCUCAACAACCAACCAAUGUGGCAACUACAGCAACAACACAAAACAAACCAACAUCCAGCGUGCCUCAAACAAGCACAGCAACAGCUACAACAGCAGUUAAAAAGCCAACAGUUUCAUAUAUUGAUAUUGCACAACAGAAUAAGAGCGUGCAACAAGGUCAUAAUUUGACAGUUGCUCUUAAUGACAGUGUCACAACUGGUAGUAAGCAAGCUCCUACAGUCUCAACACCAACAUCAACAACACCAACCACUACUGCAGCAACAACAGCACAAACAACAGCAGUCAGCAGUACAAGCAAGAAACAAGCUUCAACAAAACAACCAGCUUCAAAGUCACAAUCCCAACAAUCUAAGAAGGCACAAUCUACUACACCUACUCUUCCAAAUACUACGUCAACAACAGCCACCUCUAAUACUACUCCCACAAGUAGUGAUGCUAUCUCUCCCAUUCAACCUGUACCUUCCACACCUUCACCAACCACUAUUGACAAAAACAAUGAUGAAACAUUCAGUGUAGGAAUGCCAACUCAAUUUGGAUUGGAAGAUUUAUCCAGUCAGACUCAACAAAAUCUGUUUGUUAACCAAAUUGGUAAGAUGCAACAAGCUGGAGUGAUGAAUCCACUAUUAUUUGCUCAAAACAGUGCUAUUACUUCUUCAUUCCCUCCCCAAAUCCCAGGAAACCAAAUUCCAUCAUUCCCACCUGCCACCCCUACCAUUGCUACCUCCCCAAUUAAUACCACACCAUCUGUUCCUCCUUCCAUUUUCACUAGCAGUUCUACUUAUAAUAGUGUUGUAAGCAAUCAGUUCAUGAGCGACAUGCUCCACUCAAGUAUGAGACAUUUACCAGACGCUUAUGAUUGUAACUUUGUUUACCCAUAUUUCCCUGUGAACGAAAAUCCUCCUCAAUUCAGAGCUGAAACUGAAGGUUUUCCAAUUGAAUGCCCAUUACACAACCCAAUGCAUGCAUUGUCCAAUCCUGCAACUUACAGCCUGCUAUCCGUUGACACACUAUUUUUCAUCUUUUAUUUCCAACAAGGAACUUAUUAUCAAUACUUGGCAGCCAAAGAGCUCAAACGACAAGCUUGGAGAUUCCACAAAAAGUAUUUGACUUGGUUCCAACGUCAUGACAAACCUACUGUAACAACCAAUGAAUACGAGCAAGGAACAUAUGUCUACUUUGAUGCAGAUGCAGGUUGGUGUCAACGAAUUAAGGAAGGUUUUAGCUUUGAAUAUGCAUAUCUUGAGGAUGAGUUGUAA